AUGGCGGACGAAAAAAUCAGCCCCAACGCCGGGGCGCCCGCCGCCGAUGCCAAGAUCGACUACUACGGCCCCAAGUUGGGGCGAAGGGGCGAUGCCGACCCGAUCGAGGACGAAAAGGCCCAAGACAGGAUCAUUAGCUACGCCAAGAUCGCCACAGAGAAGGAGCGCUCCAUGACCUUGAUGCAGGGCAUUCGCCUGUAUCCCAAGGCCAUCGCCUGGAGCAUGCUGAUCAGCGCCUGUAUCAUCAUGGAAGGAUACGACGUCUGCUUGAUCAAUAACUUCUAUGCCUUCCCGCAGUUCAAACGCAAGUACGGCGAGCAGCUGCCCAACGGCGAAUGGGAGAUUCCGGCUCAAUGGCAGGCUGGUCUGAGUAAUGGUGCCAACGUUGGAGAGCUGAUAGGCCUCCUGCUCAACGGCUGGUUCUCAGAAAGGUUUGGGUAUCGGUGGACCGUCAUUGGCUGCCUGGUUCUCAUCAUCGCCUGGACCGCCAUCUUCUUCACGGCGCAAAAUGUUCAGAUGCUUCUUGCCGCCGAGAUUCUGUGCGGUAUCCCAUGGGGUGUUUUUCAAACAUUGUGCAUCACAUAUGCCUCCGAGGUGUGCCCGGUAGCUAUGCGUGGCUACUUGACUACUUACGUCAACUUCUGCUGGGGCGCCGGUCAGGAGAUUGGUAUCGGAGUGUUGAUGUCGAUGCUGAAGCGAGACGACGAGUGGUCGUACCGAAUCCCAUACGCUCUGCAGUGGAUGUGGCCUGUGCCCCUGAUUGUCGGCAUUUACUUUGCCCCUGAGUCGCCUUGGUGGCUGGUGCGGCACAAUAAGAUUGACGAGGCCAAAAAAUCGCUGCUGCGGCUGACGAGCCUCAACAAGGAGACGGGUUUUGAUGCCGACGAGACCAUCGCCAUGAUGGUGCAUACCACGGCGCUGGAGGAGAGGACUACAGCUGGCGCGUCUUACCUCGACUGCUUCAGGGGGCAUGAUCUCCGCCGAACAGAGAUCGUCUGUAUGGUGUGGGCCAUCCAGAACCUCAGCGGCAACUCCUUCUCCAACUACUCGACAUACUUCCUGACCCAGGCCGGGCUUGACUCUACGGCCGCCUACGGAUUCGCACUGGGCCAGUAUGGCAUGAACAUGGUGGGCGUCUUUGGCGCCUGGUUCCUCAUGAGUCUGGGCAUCGGCCGACGCUCGCUAUACCUCUACGGGCUCUGCGUGCUCUGCACUAUGCUCAUGAUCCUCGGGUUUCUGGGCCUGGUCCCCGAGGCGAACCGGCGCGCCGGUUCCAUCGCAACCGGCUCAAUAAUGCUGUGCUGGUCGCUUACGUACCAGCUCACGGUCGGCACGGUCUGCUACUCGCUCGUCUCCGAGAUCUCGACCCGUCGCCUGCAGAUCAAGACGAUUGUGCUCGGCCGCUGCCUCUACAUUGUAGUGGGCAUUGUCGCCAGUGUCCUGACCCCUUACAUGCUGAACCCUGGCAACUGGAACUGGCGGAACUAUGCUGGUUUCUUCUGGGGAGCCGUAUGCUUCCUUUGCAUUGUCUACACAUAUUUCCGUGUCCCGGAGCCGUCGGGUCGCAGCUUUGCCGAACUCGACGUUCUCUUCGAGCGCGGCGUUAGUGCUAGGAAGUUUGCCACCACCGAGGUCGACGUGUUCGGCGAGCAGGUCGAGAAGAACUUGAUGGACAACUACCAAAAGCAGCUGGGUACUGCCUCCCACGUCGAGACCCCGGGUCGUGGAGUCUGA